CUCCCUUUGCCCCACCCCCUGACUCCCAGCCAGAGGUGAACGCUGAUUUAGCAGCUAGAGGACCUGUCACCACUUUCCUCUCCUGUUCCAUGUGGGUUUCACAUUCUGUUGCUCUGACCUGGAACCAUCUUGUGCCCUCUGAUACCAGCCUUCCGUGCCUCCCUGACAAGUUGCUAUUGUUUCUUACUAAGCCGAAUGCGAGUGGAGCAUAAAAUCAGAACGUUCAACAAGUGAAAGGAACCGGGCGGCGAGUGAGUGGGACCUUCCCCUAGAUCUUAUUCGUGGGGUUAUCGCUACUGACUGCAACAGCUGCUUCCAACCUACUUCUCUGUGGAUUUUUAAUUCGCAACUUGUGUUGAGUGAAAGGAGGUGAAGGUGCCAGGGGUACGGGGCGGCCGCUGGGAAUGGGUGAAGGAAAGUGACUGGGCACCUUAGGCGCUGGCAUUGCCCGUACAACAGUGUGUCAGUGGGAAUCCCCACUGGCAUUGCAGUGUGACUCCCUUCCUAUGGGCAAGCUGGUUGCCGUGUGAUGUGACGGGCACAGCCGGGGGAGCUGCGGAAAGGCUGCCCGAUGUGAGGGGGAGUGUGCGGGGCUUAGAGAGCAGUAGCUGGAGAGAUCUCUCCUAUAUAUAUAUAUAUAUAUACUCACACUCACUCGCUCACAGGACCUAGAGCGGCCGAUCAUGGCUAAAUGGCUGAAUAAGUACUUCAGCCUGGGUAACAAUAACAACAACAAGAGCAAGAGCCCCCCGCAACCCCCCAGACCGGAUUACAAGAGGAACGGGGGCACCGAACGCUCUUUCCACCUGCAGUACCCAGGGGGGCAGCAGCAGUUCUACAAACACCACACGUCCCCGCUGCCCGGCCACUGCAGGGAGGAGAGCGAUCUGAUCCGAGCCUACCGAGCCCAGAAGGACAGGGAUUUCGAGGAUCCGUACAACGGACCGGGCUCUUCCCUCCGCAAGCUGCGGGCCAUGUGCAGGGAGGAACAGCAGGGAGAGGGCAGGAGGGGCUGCACAGACGGAACCAACUGCUUCUUGCAAGAGUCUUACCACGGCGGAGGCUCCAGCACCAACACCACCUCCUCGUCCUCCUCCUCGUCUUCCUCUCCGCACCUGUACCGCAGCAACAGCGAGAGGAGACCGGCCGGGGCCAAGCAACAGCUGACGGGGGGGUCGGAGCACAAGUACAUGGUGUCCCCCAAGCACCGGCUUAUCAAGAUAGACAGCUGCGGCUGGGGGGAGAACGGUACUGGGGGAGGAGGUGCGGGUACAGUUGGCAUCACCUGGAGCCCGGUGGUCACUCCAGUAACCAACAAAACCGAGGAGCAGGGCAACCCCGGAGCCAAGAAAGAGAAGGUUAUUAUAGCUGAUGACUAUUCAGAUCCAUUUGAUGCCAAAAGUGAGCAGAAAAUUAAAGGAAUCAAAACAGAAAACAAUGGUUACAUGGAACCUUACGAAGCCCAAAGAUUAAUGACUGAUAUUCAGAAGAACGAAAGUCAGAAGUCACUUCAGAAAAACAUCCAGUUGUACGACACACCAUAUGAGCCGGAGAGUAAUGGGGUGGAGUCAGAUUCAGAAAGCAUAGUUGGCCUUAAGUUGCGAGAGAGCAAGUUACCCCAAGACGAUGACCGACCUGCUGAUGAGUAUGACCAGCCUUGGGAAUGGAACAAAGCAUUGCCAGCCUUGGCAGCCCAGUUCAAUGGAGGUGAGAAAAUGCAAUCAUUAUCACCCUCAAAUGAUAGGAGGCGGCAGCUAAGAGCCCCUGGUGGAGGAUUUAAACCCAUAAAACACGGAAGCCCAGAUGUCUGCGGAAUCUUGGGAGAGCGAGUGGAUCCUAACAUUGCACUGGAAAAACAAAUAUGGUAUCAUGGGGCCAUCAGCCGAACAGAUGCAGAGAACCUGCUCCGACUGUGCAAAGAAUGCAGCUAUCUUGUGAGAAACAGCCAGACAAGCAAGCACGACUUCUCUCUGUCACUGAAGAGCAGCCAAGGCUUCAUGCACAUGAAACUGUCGAAAACCAAAGAGAAAUACAUACUAGGCCAGAACAGCCCUCCUUUCGAGAGUGUCCCAGAGGUCGUCCACUUCUACACCACCAGAAAACUUCCCAUAAAAGGAGCUGAACAUUUAUCGCUCUUGUACCCAGUGCCUGUGCGGACCUUGUAGUCUGCAUUCUCUAUGGACCGGUUUUCCUCCUUCCUAUGGACAGGGGGCUAUGGAAGCUGUUUGUAGCCAGUAUAGCACCGCUGCACUAUGUAACAGCAGGGUACUGGAACGUGCUAUUUGGGCAUCAAGAAUUGGACACUUGAACUGUAAGGACCCACUGGCUGUGUCACAAAAUAUUGUACAAUAUUGCACUAUUGCAUUGUUAAAGGAUACUGCUUUGGGUUUGAGAAAACCAGUGGGUGAGAGUGUAAAAACUGUGGAUAAUAACUAGUGUAGCUGUGGCAAUGAAAAGUGUUGUUUAAAAUGCAAUGCUUGUUUGGGCGGAGAAAUGUAAACCCCUUCAGUGUAUAUCUCUUUGUGUAUGUUUCCAUGGAAACCACUAUCGAAUGUUAUUGCACAUGCCUGUGUCUGUUUUUUUGUUUUGUUUUGUAUUUUUUUUUUUUUUUUUGCCGAAACAAUAGGGAUGUUGCUUGGUAUGUUCUGUAUAUACGUACUGUCAGCUCUCAUCUGUUUCCAUGAAAGAUAAAACUGUGCCUUUUUGCACCCAUUGGGUGGGUGUGAGAAUAAAAAUAUGGUGGAGAUUGAAGAAAGAAUGAUGCCUGGAACCAAGCAGGCAGCAAGUCAGGAGGAAGCCCGACUAGCCCUUAGUUUGUCCAGUCUCAUCUUUCAACUCAACAAGGAUAUUGCUUAUAAUUCUGUGUAAACAGUGUCUUUCUCAAUCAAUGGAAGGUUUCAACAGAUCUAAAUAACUGGUUUUCCCUAUUUCCUUAAAAUUCUAGGGCCCAUCAUUGUUUGCUGCCUCUGUUCAGUUGCUUUGCUGUAUGUGCAAGUGGUGUGCUGUUGGCAUGUAGGCAGUGAGAGUGCAGGAACUGUAUGAUACAUGCAUAGGAGCAUAGGAGGACGCCCAUUUCUCCCUCAUUCAAGCAUGUAUGUAUCAUAAUAUAUGAAAAAUUAGCAGGUCCAGGUGAUAUCUUGUCAGGAUUUACCCCUAUAGGUGAAACAAUAAUGGCUUUGUUUUUUUUCAGUCUGCUGGAAACGGGUCAUAUUUUUAAAGGUGUGUAAAUAAAAUGACAUUGAAAUAUACCAAACAGUUUAAAAGGAUCUACACCUAAAAAAUAAUAAUAAUAUAAAAUUUCUCAGAGUGCUCUUCUGGGUGCUUUUUUAAUGUACUGUAUGUACAUUUAUUUUUAUCUAUUUAGUAGUUUUACACUGCUAAUAUAGUGAUUUUCUAAAGUAGCACUGUGCCAUUUAACUGGCUGUCUGCCAAUAAUAUAAAUUAUUGCUGCAUCUUCUGGCUCCUUUUUGCACAGAUCUUUCCCUUCUCGUCUGCUUUAAUGGCUAAAUAAGCAGCCGAGGAGAGAGAGCUGGGCAGAGAAGGUUCCCGAGACACUACCUGCAUCAGUUAUUUCAUCUUUUGGAAGCAGUCCAGCCAGCAAAGCAGCACAGUAGUGAUGUGUGGGUUGACCCAGGUUCACCCUUAGGAUAAGCAAGUUAGGGUUGACAUUUUGGGUGACCACUGGGGGUUCCGGUUGGGUGCAGGUACAGAGUGGAAAGACGCAGGUACAGGUUGGGUGCUGGUCCUACAAUGGCAACAUUUUGCAGGUUAGGGUCAGGUGUGGGUAAAGGUUUUGUGGGUAGGAUAUGGGUUGAGAUUUCCUUGACCUGCACAUCACUACAGCACAGAGCUGCCAUUGAGAAUUAUGAUAUUAGCUGUGUAAAACUGUCCAUAUAAACAAAACUAAAUAGAAUAUAUAAUGGCUCAGAAGAGCACAUUGACUUUAAAUCCUGCAAUGCCAUUCUACUCCAUGUGAAAUAACGCAGAGCUGUGUAAUGAUUUUAUGCAAACUUGUGCCCAAGAGUAAAAGUCUGAUGUAAAAAGAGGUGCUAUCUUAAAAAUACUGUGUUAAAAUUGGCACGUACCACUUUUCAUGCCAUGUCACGGGUUGCAGUCAUUCAUUUACACAUAAGGACGACAAUAACCUUUUUUAAAUAUGCCAACUAUUUAACACCAACUUUUAGGAUAAUGCCACACAGGGCUGAUUCUCUACCUGCAUUUAUCCGCGUGGCAUCAACCUUUACACUGUUUUUUCCAGGGUAACACACUUUACACGGCUUUAUGAAUAUGGCUCAAACUCUGUACUGUGCUACCUGUGAGAACCAGCAAAUGAGAUGUGCACUGGCCCACUCGGGAGCGUACCUUCACUAACAAUUAUUCCAGCAAUAUCUGAUCAGUCUCACUUGCUACACCCAUAAUAUUAACCUGUUGUUGCGCAAUAGCAAUUUUUGUUCUUGUUGUUGUUGUUGAAUUAUUUAUGAAUACUGAAUGUAAAUAAAAGGAAUAGCAGUUUAAUAUAUAAGUAUAUUUUUCACCCGCCCCUUUUUGGUACAAAGAAAGAAUGGUUGUGCACCUUCUUACAUUCUGAGGCCUUAAAAGGCAUUGUUGAUCAUGUUUUUUUGUGCUGUUUGUACAGUGUAACUGUUCUGUAGUGGGAAAGUGUUACACAAUUGUUCUCCGUUGAAGAAUCAGGGUAAUGACUUGUUCGCUUGUGAAGCCUGUUCCCUUGUUUUCUUUUUCUAUUUUGCUCUGGUUAGUAAAAAAAAAUAAUUAAAAAAAAAAAGUACAGUAUUAAGGUUCCAACCUUUUCAUCUUUAAUAAAAUUGAUCUUCAGCA